ACACUAAAGUAGACGUCAUACAUCCACAACAAAGAUGGCGGACGAAGAGGUCGGAUCAACACAUUAUGCAGAGGAAAGGUGGUCGUUGUUGAAUUCGCUCAAAUGUACGGUAGAAAAUAUUCUUAUGUCCAAUUUUGAAAAUGGCCAAGUUACUACAGUUAGUUCUUCCCAUGUUGAAUUUGAUUUGGAGCGCAUUUUUGAGCAUGGACUACGCAAAAAUCAAAGAACUGGUCAAGACAAGGGUGAGAGAAAUACAAUGGUUGUAGUUUCACCAUUUGAUGAAAUUGUUCAAGGGGAUCUCACUGAUGCUAUUGAAGACAUAUUAGAGAAAUUCCAUCAAGCUUUUCUUGGUUGCUCUCUGUCUGCCUCCAAUUUGUCUCAGCUGGUUAACAACAGGAAAAAAAUUCAUUGCUUGUACCAAGACUAUGCAUUUCUGAGAAGCAAUCCACAUGUAGAGGCAAUGUGCACUUGUAUACAAGCUUUAGAGAAUGGUGACUUUCAGCUGCUUGCUAAAAUUGAUAAUAUUCUGCUGAACAAGAAAAAGUACAUUGAUCUGUGGUUGCAGGGAAGUGUGAACUUUAACACUGGUUUACUUCAGUCCUCUAUCAUAGACAAAGACAUCCAGGGAAAAGAUGUUGAAGAGCUUCCUUCAUCAAACAGCUCAGGUUGCAGUAGUGAAAAGGACUUCUGUCAAAAUGUCUCAUUGUAUAAUUCUCCAGAGGAGAGUAACAUUGAAAUAACUGAUGAAUCAGUUUACCCUUCAGUUGGUUUGCAGGAAAACCUGCAACAUUGCCCUGGGUCUGGCCAUAACUGUUCAUAUUUACUGACAAACAUAAAUGAUCAAACUCUUGGGCAUCAAUGUUUAUCAAGAAGUGGAUCCCAUACAGAGCAGAUAGUAAGAGAAAAUGUCAAAGUAAAUUGGUCUUCACAAGCUUCUACAACUUUUGGACCCUUGAAAACAAGGGAUAGUGUAAGAGCAACUUUAGCUUAUGCAGCACUGUCUGCUGUAAUGGAAAGUGAUGAGGGUAUUCCUUACACUGCAAUGUGGUUGGAUGCUACUGAUGACAAAAAAUCAUGCAAAGUCAGAAGAGCAAGCACUGGUAGUCUUAACAAAUUUUUUUUGCACUCUCAAAGUGACAAAUUAAUAAACAAUGGGAUGUUAGAAGCAGCCAACCUUGAAACUAACUCAGCAGGAUCAUGUGGCAAAAAUGUUAACAGCUCUACUGAGUCUGUUACAGAACAUCAAACUAGGAAAGCUAUUGGACACAAUAGGUCAAAGUCAGAUCAGCUUGGUGUGACACAAAUUCAGAAGCAUGAGUUCAUUAAUGAUCUGGCUCUAAGUGGUGGAAACAAGGAGAAUUCCUGCAGUGAUCUUAACAGAUUGUCAUCUUCACUUCCUGCUACAUCAGAAUCUCUGUACUGCAUUGACCCAUACAUGGAUGAUCCUUAUCAAGAAAAAUCACUGGCAACACUUCUAGCAUCACAGGAUUUUAGUUCUUGUGAAUUAGACAAGGAGAAUGCCCAUUUUAGUAUAUCUGAAGCACUGAUUGCAGCAAUUGAACAGAUGAAGUGUGAUGCUGUCAAUGCAUCAGAGGAGGAGGAGGAGGAGGAGGAUGAAGAAAUCCUUUACUUGAAGAAAGAACUUGAGAGAAAGAGGUGGGAGAAAAGGCAAAGAAAAAAUUUGCAAGAACAGGCUGCCUUUAGUGAUGAAGCCACCCAAUCUACAGCCUCUGAACCCAGCAUGCAGACAAACUCUUCAAGGUCUGUAUUUGACAGUGAAGAUGAGCUCAGUACUGAGUGGGAAGAACUAAGUCCAACAGAUGAACAAUUACAGGAAAACAAUGAAUUCUGUACAUCCAAUGCUACACCCUCUUAUCCUAGCUCUGUGACAGACACUGUAUUAGACUCAGUGCAUAAUCCAAAUUCCAAGCUGCACUAUACCCAGUUGUCUGCUGAAGCAGUAGCCAAAAGCUUGUUGCAGAAGUUUGCCAACCAAAAACACCCAGCAGCAUGGGAACUGCAAUGGUUAGUAUCAUUUCAAGAUGCUCCUCAGUCCUUGCUUCCUCUACCAGAUACUGUGGCUGUGGCACCAGAUGAUAUCCUUCAAGUUGAGGCACUAGAGAAUAAACUAAUGUCCAGACAAAACUCAUUGCCAAGCCGUAUUCGGGGAAACUCAGAAUGGGCCCCUCCACGGGCACAGAUUAUUUUUCAUACUCAUAAACCACCUAGGAGAAAAGAAUGUAUGAGACAGCAAAACUUCAGAUGUGCUGGUUGUGGUAUGGCAGUCUCUCCAGAUUACAUGAGGCGAUUUCGGUACUGCCACUACCUGGGAAAAUAUUUUUGUAGUACUUGUCAUAACAAUGUAUUGGAAGUGAUCCCUGCUAGAGUCUUAAGAAAAUGGGACUUCGCCAAAUAUGAGGUGUCUAAUUUUGCACGUGACUUACUGCACAGGAUAUGCUUUGAUCCUUUGUUUAAUCUGAUGGAUCUCAAUCCCUCAUUAUACAAGCGUAUUCGAGUUCUAGAACGAUUGAAGGAUGUUCGUAGACGACUUCACUUUUUCAAGUCCUUUAUUCAAACAUGCCGUAAAGCUGAAGAAUUAGCUGAAGAGUUCAACAAGAUUCCAGAUCAUAUUUGUGGAGAGCCUCAUGUUUAUUCCCUACAUGACCUUUUGCAGGUGCAUGAUGGGGACUUACACCAAUUUUUGAAUAAGUUAGCAGUAGAAUCUCUUAAUCACAUCAAUCAUUGUCAGCUGUGUCUUGCCAAAGGAUUUAUCUGUGAAUAUUGCAAGGAUGGGAAAGACGUCAUAUUUCCUUUUAUGCUGAACAGAGUUGUGCAAUGUUUAGGCUGUCGGGCAUCAUUUCACAAGGAAUGUUUUGUUGAAGGCAAAUGCCCAAAAUGUGAAAGAAUACGUGUAAGGAAACAAGUGUUAUCUGAAGCUGUCUCUCCAGAGGAAGAACAGAUCUUGGAAUAUUAGCCUUACAGAUUUGUCUAGUCUGUAGAUAUUUGAGAUCAGUGUCAAAUCAAAAAUGAUAAUAUACAAAUUCAGUAAGGGCUAAUACCCCUUUGAGGAUGAUCGCUUUUGACAUGUUUGACUGUAUUGAAUAAUGGGCUUUCCAUCCCGAGCCUUUGGGAUUACCUUUGAAUUGCAGUCUUCAUACCUAGAGAGGUUAUUCAAGCAACUAUAAGCCGUAUCAAUAAGCAGAAAUGCGGGGAAAGUUAGUUUAAAAAACCAUUUUGGUAUCCCUUUGCAAUUGGGGCUGAAAGAAUUUUACUCAUGAAAAAGCAAUUUAUUUCAUAAUGCAACCGUAAGAAGUACACUUGGUUUUUUCAUCCUGCAAAUGGUAUGACAGGAUUUAAUACAUCACGCAAUUAAAAAAAUGCAAACUAACAAACAGCAAAUGUUCUGAUCUAGUUUUCUUUUUAUGAAGUCUUACUUUUCUACACAUGUAACUUAUUCUACCCUGUACUUCUCAGAGUUCUCGCAUAGGUAAUCUUAUUCUUUAAAAUUAUUUUUCCUAUAUUUCCUUGAAAAAUGAGUCAAAAUAAAUUUUUAUCAGUUUUUAUAGAAAAAAAAGAAACCCUAAUUGAAAGUACGGAUUGGGGAACUUACAAAAUAUAUUUUAAAUGGCCAGUUUUCUCACUCGGGAGGGAAGUGUAGGGGUGUAUAAAGUAAUUAAGAACAUUUACAUCUGAAUCAGAAAAUGUUUCAAGGAAAAAAACUUGUAAUUUUUCUACAACACGGACAAAUCAAUAAAUAGUUUUUUCGUACAUAA